CUCCCUCCCUCCUCUCCUCUCCUCUCCCUCCGUCUCACAACCCCACCCAGACGCGGACACCCGAGGCGCGCGCGCGCGUGCGGAGGCAGACACCAUGUCGGGCCACCGUAUCCCCGCCGCCGCGCGCCUCGGCGGCAUCACCUCCCGCCGCCACGCGGAGCUCCUCCUCCACAGCGGCGUUGGCGACGUCUCCGUCAAGGAUCUCCGCCUCCGCCGCGUCGUCCCGCCCGCCUCCGGCUCCCUCGACUCCUCCCCCGUGUGCGCUGCGCCCGUGAAGCCCGGAUCUGUCGAGAGCACGCCACCGGAGGCCGCAUCGGCCGUGGCGGUGGCUGAAGACCUCGACCGGAAGCCGGUGCUCCCGCGGUCCAAGCUCGUGCGCGACCCCGGCUCGUUCGGCUACCGGCGGCUGCUGCCUUUCCUCAACGAGAUGGCUAAGAACGACAGCUCCAUCGGCAGAUCUGACUCUCCGUUGGUUGAUGCGCCUUUGGGUGAGAUUCGCUGCGAAUCUGAUGCCAUGGAUUCUGUAGAGCCGGUGGUGGCGAAGACUGGAGGAGACCCCGAGGUGAAGGAUGGCUGCAACAAUGUCACCGAAGAGGCCAACACUGUCCCUCAUGACCUUGCAAGCAGCAAGCCGUGGCUUGCCCGGUGCACGAGGUCGAGAUUUGUUCGUCAUCCGAGCUCGUUCAGCUACAAAAGGAUGCUGCCAUUUCUCAUGGAGAAUGAAAUCUCUUCUCAGGAAGGGGAAAGGGUCAAAAUUCGAAGAGUCGCAGAUGAAAGGAUACUAGCGUCAGAUGAGAAUGGCGUCUCAGCCAGUGGGCAGCAGCAUCUUGCCGUCUCUGAUGACUCUUCUCAGGAAUGCAACAGAGCUCAAGUUGACAGAAUGGAGGAAGAAGAGACACCAAAAGCUGAUGAAAAUCAUGUUCUUGAUGACAGGCAGCCUCAACCUGCUGUUACAAAAGCCUCUCCUCCAGAGUGCAAUGCAGCAGAAGGGCAAAAUGUCAUGCAGCAAGAGGCUUUGACUACAAGUCAAGACCCACUAACUUCUUCUGAGGGUGAUUUAACAUCAGAUGGGGAUGUUGUCCAGGCAAGUGGUCAUCAUCAUAUUGUUGUAUCAGAGGAUUCUCCAGAGGAAUGCCAAAGAGAUGAAGUCAAAAGAAGUGUACAAGAUGAAGCAGUAAAAUCCGAUUGGAGCCAUGUUCUGGAUAGCAGAGAAUUUCAGCCUGCUGUAUCAGAAGUCUUUCCUUCGAAGAACAGCGUGGCUGAAGUGCAAAAGGCCACACAAGAAGAAUCAUUACCUUCAGAUGGAGAUGAGGAAAAUUCAAACAAGGGUGACCAUCUUGCCAAAGAGCAGCCUCAGCCCUGUGUCACAAAGGAGUCCUUGACUGCACAACCGCAUGAUAGUGCUGAAAUCACUGAAGUACCGCAGUGCCAAAACAAAGACGCAGGAUCUCAUGAUGCUGGUUUUGUUAGCCCUACCAAGACUGUGAUACCAUUGUUGCAUCGGCAUUGUGCACAGCCUGAGGAUUCUGUAACUUCUGUUGAUGAUCAGCUUUGUGACAGUGAUGUACAAAUGAUCUGCAGGCCUUCUGAUCCUUGUGCUGUUGACAGAUCAUUGUCAGUAGAGGAAAUGUCUGGAUGUAUUCCGCUCACUGAAUCAGGAUGCAAAGCAGGCAUAUCCCGGCCAAGAGGUCUCCAUUCUACGGAAAAAAGAGGUUUUUCUCCUAAGAAGCUUUCUCCAAAGAAAGGAAUACUUAAGAAGCACACUAGGGGGUGCAAGGGCAUCUGCAUGUGCUUAGACUGCUGUACGUUUCGUCUACGUGCUGACCGAGCUUUUGAGUUCUCUAGGAAGCAGAUGCAAGAAGCAGAUGAUAUAAUAUGUAACUUAUUGAAGGAGGUAGCAAGCCUUAGGAGUCUGGUGGAGAAGCCUGCUGGCCAACAGGAGUCGACACAAGCAGCUUGCAAACGGGCUUCUCAGGUGGAAGAGGUGGCCAGAGAACGUUGCCGGCAGAUGUUCGUGGAUCUAAACUCCCACUGCAGGAUCCCUGGACCGAGGGUAAGAUUCGCCCAAUAUGUUGAGGAAAAGAAGGCCUCGCCAUCUCCUCGUGAAAAGAAGGCCUCGCCGUCCCCUCGCAGCAGCAGCAGCAGCAGCUGGAGGUGACCAAACGUCUGAAGGUGGACGGGUCCUGCUGACCUACUUACUGAUCGUCUAGUUAUUCAGAACAUUCUGUGUGCUGCCACUUGUGAAUUCUGUCCGGGCUCUGGUACCCGAUCUCAGCAAAUGCAAUGCGAUGUAAUGCAGUAGGGGUAAGAUGUGGUUCUGUAGUUGUCGUAGGCACACAAGGAAGACUGAGAUGAGGUGUAGUCGAGUUUCUGCUAACCGGAACAUGUCAGUUUGCAAUGCAAUGCAGUGGGAAUUUUUAGGCAUGAAAUGGUGACGCUGUCCUUGUAUGUAGGUGCGGCUGGUUUUGGUUUUGUGAUGCCUGAUCCUUGUGCUAUGUACCAUCGAUAAUUUAUAGAUAGACAGCAGCUUCGGAUUUGUUGA